CGGGGCAGGGCCGCGGCCAUUGCGGCCCCGCCGGCUGAGGGGAAGCGCUGCUCCUGCCGCCGCGAUGGUGUCCUGGAUGAUUUCCCGAGCGGUCGUGCUGGUGUUUGGGAUGCUGUAUCCUGCAUAUUACUCAUACAAAGCUGUGAAGACAAAAAAUGUGAAGGAAUAUGUUCGCUGGAUGAUGUAUUGGAUUGUGUUUGCUCUUUAUACAUUUACUGAAACCAUAACUGACCUAACAGUCUCUUGGUUUCCACUGUACUAUGAACUGAAGAUAGCUUUUGUUAUCUGGCUCCUUUCCCCAUAUACUAGAGGGGCAAGUUUAAUCUACAGAAAAUUCCUCCACCCACUGCUUUCCUCUAAAGAAAGGGAGAUUGAUGAGUACAUYGUCCAAGCCAAAGAAAGAGGUUAUGAGACCAUGGUGAAUUUCGGAAGGCAAGGGUUGAAUUUGGCAGCAACUGCWGCAGUGACAGCAGCUGUAAAGAGCCAAGGUGCAAUAACUGAGAAACUGAGAAGUUUCAGUAUGCAUGAUCUGACUACUAUACAAGGAGAUGAGCCUGUAGGACAGAGGCCUUAUCAGACGUUGCCAGAAGCUAAAAAGAAAACCAGAGCUUCUGCAAGUGAAUCUUCAGGUUACAAAACUCCACUUGAAAAAAAUCCUGGAGAUGAUAAAACAGAUGAAGAGAUGGAGGGGACACAUUCAGAGGAUGAAAUGUUUGCUCAGAGAGGCCUUCGAAGAACACAGAGCAUGAAAUCAGUGAAAACUGUUAAAGGCCGUAAAGAGAUACGAUAUGGAUCACUGAAAUACAGAGUAAAGAAGAGACCUGUUGUAUACUUCUAGGUGUACUGCACAAUGCCUGCAAGAGAAACUGCUGUAGUACAAUAACUUGAAUUUAAGUGUUAAAGAUCUGUGUAAGAUUCCUAGAAUGAGUCUGUAUGAAUAGCUACGGUAGGACUUGUGAGCCUAAGUGAUCAGAUCAAAUAUUACUCUGUUUUUCUAUAACUGCUUACUGUUUAGAUUUAAAUCUGGRCAUGUUACAGCAUGAAUUUCACACUCCUUAAAAGGGAGUUAAAUGAGUAACAGGAAACACUCUUUUGCCUGAGGUAUUGAACAGACUGAAAUAAUUGCAACUCCAUUUGAAUUAGCAGAAGUUGUAAGUAUCUAGAGCUUGUGAAAAUGGAACCAUAGUGUCCCCAUGUUUACAUGGAAAGAUAGAUAUACUUGAAAYAUUUUUCUGAACUACAAUUCCUGAAAAGGCCUGUGUGUAUUUUUAAAAUGUACAGUUUAAAGGACAGUGGAUGAUGGUUGGAARGAAAAAGGAAAGAUGAGGUAGAUAGGAUAUAACUUUAACAUCAUCAUCCUGAAUCAUAUUGCCAAGCUUAACAAAUUUAUGUAAUACUAAUAGGUGCAAACUGGGGGUACAUUUAGCACUUUAUGCAAAACCGUGUAGUUUUGCACACUCUUAAUGAUUUACAACUGCACAUGUCAUUUUMGUGACUUGCUAGAUAGGUUAGAGUUACAUUUUGAAUGCCAGCAAUUCUUAUAUUUCAUGAUCYUUUUUAAAUUUACCUUAAUUGCUUAAGUACACUUAGGAUGCUGUAAUAUUUGCUACUAACCAUAUUAUAAGGUGCCUUUCUAUGUAUUAUAGGGCUGUGUGGGUUUUGUCUGUGUGGGUUUUUUUUUGG